AUGGCAGAUUUGCAGUUCACCGGCACCGAGGAGGAAAAUGCAGAGCUGAGGAAAUUGAAUGCGGAGGUGCUUGAAGACACCGACAACUUCGAGAGCUGGGAAAAGCUCGUCCGAGCCGCCGAAAGCCAGGAAGGCGGCAUUAACCGAAACUCGAGCCCGCAGGCCAUCACCGCAACCAGAGAAAUAUACGACAAGUUCUUGGCUAAAUUUCCCCUACUGUUCGGCUACUGGAAAAAAUAUGCGGACCUGGAAUUUUCUAUUGCCGGCACGGAGGCCGCUGAGAUGGUUUACGAGAGAGGAGUUGCGAGCAUCUCGAAUUCAGUAGACCUUUGGACCAACUACUGCACUUUCAAGGUCGAUACCACGCACGAUCCUGAUGUUAUUCGAGAGCUCUUUGAUCGGGGCGCCAAUUGCGUGGGACUCGAUUUCCUCUCCCAUCCUUUUUGGGACAAGUACCUCCAGUUCGAAGAGAACCUCGAGGCUGGUGACAAUAAAAUAUUCGAGAUUUUGGGCCGAAUCAUCCAGAUCCCCAUGCACCAGUACGCGCGAUAUUUUGAGACCUACCGUCAUUUGGCACAAGCUCGGCCACUGACUGAACUCGCACCUCCGGAGGUUAUUGCGCAAUUCAGGGCUGAAGUCGAGGGCGCAGCAGCCGGUGUCCCUCCGGGAUCCAGAAGCGAGGCGGAGACUGAAAGAGAUGUUCGAUUACGAGUGGAUGGUUAUCAUCUGGAAAUUUUCACUCGAACACAAGCUGAGACUACGAAGCGGUGGACUUACGAGUCUGAGAUCAAGCGCCCUUAUUUUCAUGUAACUGAGCUUGACGACGGGCAGCUGGCUAACUGGAGGAAGUAUAUUGAUUUUGAAGAAUCGGAGGGUUCUUAUACAAGAACACAAUUCUUAUAUGAGAGAUGCCUCGUCACCUGCGCGCAUUAUGACGAGUUUUGGAUGCGCUAUGCUCGGUGGAUGUCUGCUCAAGAGGGAAAGGAAGAAGAGGUGCGAAACAUAUAUCAGCGGGCUAGCACAGUCUAUGUCCCGAUCUCGAGACCCACGAUACGGUUGCACUACGCUUAUUUUGAGGAAAUGUGCGGAAGAACUGAAAUCGCCAAGGAUAUCCACGGUGCGAUUCUUUUUACUUUGCCUGGGCAUGUGGAAACCAUAAUAUCAUAUGCGAAUCUAUCACGCCGUCAGGGAGGCUUGGACUCUGCAAUUGAUGUUUACAAGGCACAAAUUGAUUCCAGCCAAUGUGAUAUCCAGGCAAAAGCCGCCCUGGUCGCGGAAUGGGCCAAACUUCUGUGGAAGAUCAAGGGCAAUGCUGACGAAGCGCGCCAAGUCUUCCAAAAGAACCAGCAUUGGUAUCCUGAUAGCCGCCCAUUUUGGAUGAGUUAUUUGAUGUUCGAACUUGAUCAACCAACAAGUGCCGAUACUGAAGACUCGCAGUACCAGAGGAUCAAACAAGUUAUCGAAGAUGUUCGCACCAAGAGUAGUCUGCAUCCCGAGGCGGCUAAAGAAUUGAUCCAAGUUUAUAUGGUGUAUUUGUUGGAACGAGGCUCCAAAGAUGCGGCAAAAGAAUACAUCGCCUUGGAUCGUGAAGUGAACGGUCCACAAUCUGUUCAAAAGAUUAUGAAGAAUACAGAAAACCAGAAAGAUAAUGGCGCUAAAACUAAUGUCACUCAAAAUGGCAACCAAACACAUGCAGAACCUGCUGAUCAAACUUCGCCGCAAACUCCCGUCCAGCAUUCUGACGGCUCUCAUCAGAAGCACUAUCAGGUUCCGGUAUCAUCUAAUGGGACUACCGUGCCCGUCGCAUAUCCCUAG